AUGAUUGUUGUCACCGGUGGCGCCGGCUUCGUCGGUUCGAACAUCGUCAAGGAGUUGAACAGCCGUGGCGUCACCAAUGUCGUGGUUGUUGACGACAUGACUGAUGGAUCCAAGUUCUGCAACCUGGUCAACUGCAAAGUGGCUGAUUAUAUCGAUGCCACUGCCUUCCGUGAAGCGAUUCGGACCAAAACCUUCCAUCAUCGACCCCGCGUCAUCUUCCACUAUGGCGCAAGUUCUUCCAUCACCGAGACCAACGGCAAGAAAAUGCUCGACGCCAACUUCACCUACUCCAAGGAGCUCUUCCAUUGGUGCAAGGACCAGGGAGUUCGCUUCAUCUACGCCUCAUCCGCUGCUGUUUAUGGAAACAACACUUCUUUCGUCGAGGGAGACUUCCAAGAAGCCCCUCUGAAUGUCUAUGGAUACUCAAAGAUGCUGUUUGAUCAGUAUGUCGUCAAGAACACCGACAUGCGCUCGCCACAAGUUGCGGGACUCCGUCUGUUCAACGUCUAUGGACCUGGAGAGCAGAACCUUGAUACAAUCCCCAGCACCGUCUAUCAAUUUUACGAAAAACGCACGUCGUUCAAAGCCAUUGAGCUCUUUGGGGAAUACGGUGGGGUCGAGGCGGGACAGCAGAAGCGCGAUUUCGUUCACGUUCAGGACGUCGCCCGUCUAAACUGUUGGUUCCUGGACCACCCAGAGAUCAGUGGGAUUUACAAUGUCGGCACUGGUAUUGCUAGUAGCUUCCAUGAUAUCGCUACCGAAGUUGCCAGCCAUUUCGGCAAUCCAGAGGGAUACAUCAAGUUUAUUCCCUUCCCUACCGAAUUGAAAGGAAAAUAUCAGAGCUACACCUGUGCCAAUAUCUCGAAGCUGCGUCGGGCCGGCUCUGUGCUGCGUUUCCGUGGCAUCAAGGAGGGGAUUAAGGAUUACAUGGAGUGGCUUGAAAGCCCCGAGGGUCUGGCCCGCUAA